GCCGACUUAAGCCUUCUUCAACAAAUUGAGUGGUGUUUCCCUUUAAGAAAAAAAAAACACGACGUAACGUGACGCAGAUGCUCCCGUCCAUAUACCCUUGUGCCUCUCCUCACGCGGCAACCAUCCAGUGCACCUCCUGCAUCCUCCUGGCCCAGCCCUCCUCCCUCUCCUCUCCUCCCCUCCUCCCCGGGCGUGUGAGCCAGGAUCACCGUUCCAUCCAGCGGAGCUUUUGGCGAAGAACCGCAGGAAAACAAUGAAAACCGAGGCGAUGGAGCCGCCGCGACAGGACUAAUAGCGUAGCAGUGAAUGGGGCACAGGCUCCAGGCUCUGACCGGUGAGCUGAAGAACAGUCAGGAGUGAAGACGCUUAAGGUUGUGCAAGAGGCUGUCCGGCCACAUGUCUGCCCCUGCUCCAGCCAAUAGGAGGUCUGCAUCGGGCUCUCGCCGGACACGUCUACUCAGGACAGCUCAUGCAAGAAACUUGGGGAAGAAGUGGUAGCACAAAAAAGAGAUGUACCGUGUUUGACUACUGCAGGUUCAUAGAGCUAGACUACGUUCCCAUGGAGACAGGCUAUAUGGUCUCAAUGCGCCCGACUAAAGGCUACGCAUCGACCAAGUCGCCAACUAAAGGAUACACUCCCACCAAGUCUCCAGACCGCCACAGCCGUGCCACAAACUCUCCCUCCACCCCUCGUUCUCGGCGGACACCGGCCACGCCCAGUAAUAGAGAUCCCUAUGGCAAUGCCUCCCUCAGCAGCAGCAGCAACUCUGGCUCUUGUAAAGGCAGCGACUGCAGCCCCACCAAAGGACGUCACCAGAAAUACACGUCAUGUACAGACAACCAUGGUAUUCGGCCUCCUCCACCAGAGCAGUACCUCACACCCCUACAGCAGAAGGAGGUGUGUAUCCGACACCUGCGGGCCAGGCUAAAAGAAACCAUCAACACACUGCAAGACAGGGACACAGAGAUUGAUGAGUUGAGAGGCCAGCUUUACAGGAUGCAGGAGGACUGGGUUGAGGAGGAGUGUCACCGUGUGGAGGCUCAGCUGGCCCUGAAGGAGGCCCGGCAGGAGAUCCAGCAGCUCAAACAGGCUGUUGACACUGUCCGUGCCAGGCUCAGUGAAGCUGGGGGACUCAGUGGGGACGCAGGGGUCCAGAAGUACUUCCAGGACAUCAAUACUCAGAACCACAAGCUGGAGAACCUUUUGCUCAGUAUGGAGUUAGCCCAGGCUGGAUUAGCCAAAGAGGGGGAAGCCAUACCAGGCUGUCGGACCCGUGUUGGCGGUUCGGCACCAGCGUCGGUGUCAGGGGGAAGUCCAGGGGGAAUACCCAGACCAACAGUGGGAGGGAGGGGGUCUUGCUCUUGCGAUGGGUCCCCAGCUCGUUCCCUGACCCGGAGUUCCACCUACACUAAGCUAACUGAUCAGGCGUUAGCAGACCAGAACGGUAACGGGCAGGACUUUCCUUGUCUGUCAGGUGACGGCACCCAAGACAGUGGCUUUGUGUGCGGCGGGGAGAGCACUGUCCCAAGCCGGGCUGACCUGCUGCUGGAGGCCGCCUUCCUCUCUGAGGAAACUGCAUCUUUACUCAACUCCUACCAGACCUUCUCCAACUCUCUCCCCCACUCUCUGCCCAACUCUCUGCCUCAUACCUACUCCCAUACCUUACCUCACUCGUUCCCUCACAGUUUGUCCCACUCUGUGCCCCACACUAUGCCACACUCCUCCACCUAUGAGAAGCUGUGCACAGGUGAGCGUAUGGCGCCCUUUCAUUGUGGCUUGGGUGGAAUGAGCUGUAUGAGCCACCCCUGCCUGUCCCACCACCAUCUCUACCUGCAUCCCCUGCGGGAGACAGGCAUUCAGACUGAAAGCUGCCCCGUCCCUGCAGCAGGAUACCCCUCUGAUCUGGACACCAUCGCAGAGCAACGCACUUUCCGCUCUCAGGGCUGCAGCCCCACCUCCACCUGGAUGUCUGAUGAAGGGGAGGAGGAGCUGGACUCCAUCACCACCACAACUUCAGUAACCACAGCAACAGUCAUGAGUACAGCCACAGAGCCAAUCCCGGUCUCCAAAACACCUCUGGUCCCUCCCUUACCACGGUCUGCAACUGUGGCGUGUUCAAUGGAGAGUCCUCUGUCUGUGGGAAAGGAGGGAGUGGAGGAGGAGGAAAAGCAGGAGAGAGAAAACAGAGAGAAAGAAGCUGCUACACCAGAAAAACAGGAUGAAACACCAGUGAUCAGACUGGAGGAUGAAGAGCAGCAGAGUCAGGUGGCCUCGGUUGUAGGGACUGAAGUGGAAGGACAGGGUGCAGUGGAGGAGGCAGCACCAGAAAAACUGUGCGACUUAGCAGGGAUGCCGGGUGAGCUUAAGUUUGGAGGAUGCUGUGGAGAAAGUAGGCAGGAUGGGACAACACUGAAAAACCUUAGCAUAGAGGAAGUUGGUCCAUCAGCAGGAUCAGCUCAGGUAGAGACAGGAGAGGUGAGUCCAAGUUGCUCAGGAUUGUCACCAGGUGUAGAACAGCCUCAUACCUCCCAGCCAAGGAGAUCUAGUUCCCAUGAGGAGAUAGCUGGUGUCACUGUAGUGGAGGUGCACGAUGAGGACAAUGAUGAGGGUGAAACUAAAGAACAAGGUGCUGCAGGGGGCGCUGCAGCAGAGGAGGGAGAUUCGCCCGACUCUGGGACAAUUCAGAAAAGUUACUGGAGUCGUCACUUCCUAGUUGAUCUGCUUGCAGUGGCCAUCCCUGUGGUACCAACUGUUGCUUGGCUCUGUCGUGGUCCUGUCCGUGAUGGACAGCCCAUGUAUCAUAUAGGGUCACUGCUGCGAGGCUGCUGCACUGUGGCGCUGCACUCACUGCGAAGGGGAGGUGGAUUGAGGCAUUACCCCGCGGGCGGGGGAGACAUGGGCGGAUCACAGAUAUAAAGGAGACUGUUCGGGACCUCAGUGGUCUUUAACUACAACCUCUCCUGUAUGGGUCUGGGUCCUUAGCUUAUCAAAAAAUACCUGUAAUGUAAGGAGAGGAAGAGAAAGAACUUCCUGUCCUGCAUUUCUCAGGUUAAUAGCUGAGGGGAGCAUCAGGAACAGGAAAUCUAAAAAUGUGUUCAUGACCGAGAUCUCUGACCUGUAAACUGUUGUGUUUGGUCCUGCUCCUUAUUGACUCUCACCCACUAGUUCCUGCUGUUGCCACCAAGAUGUCUGCUAACACUACUGAUUUGUGCAAAACUGAAUGAGCUGACUGAAAUGAAUGAUCUAUGCUUGGAUGUUUGACACAGAUUGUUUUGUUUUUAAGUGCAGGGAAAAUGUUCAAAACACAUUGAUCUGUCAACCCUACUAGUCUGACUCACUUCUGGCAUGUUAAAAUGAUCAUGUGUUGAUGAGUGUGUACAUGAAAUAUGGUAUGUGUAUGUAUACAAUGUAUGUAUGUGUACGUGUACAUGUAUAACCUAAUGGUCUUGUCUGCAGUAGACGAGCUACACUCUGCUCAUAGGCCAGUGAGGGAAAAUCCACCCUAGUUCAGAAUUUACACAUUUCCUAUCACUGCAGAAAGUUUGGCCUUUUCUUUGAGUCUUUGAGUCUGAAAACAUGGAGCGUAUCUGUUAUGUCAAGACAUGACAACGUAGACACAGAACUCAGGUUGAUUCUAAUGGUGGAGGCGGUAGUCAGCUGUUGGCGGGCAGUCAUACUCACUGUGUACGACUUCAUCAUUGUUUCUGUUUAUGAAAAUAGGGACCCUUAAAGUCCAGUUUUAAUACCAAAUUGGUUGCCUCCAAGUUAUUUUAUAGUUGUGCUGAAUUUCCGUGAAGAUGAUGUUCAGUUUGAGGGUGGUCACGGCAUGAAGCCAUGAAGAGGGCACUCAGACUGAACGUGUGUUGGUGGGGACGACGCGCUGUUUCAGACAUUGGUGAGGCAAAAACUCCGGUGCUGAGUUGAUGUCUGUUUCCUGGACAGAAUGCUUUUCUCCUUAACCCGAGUCUGACUUUAUCUCUGUCCCCAACCAGCUUCUUAGAUGCUUAACGUGACCCCAGCCUUACACUAACGCCAGUUAUUUCUACUGCACCUAACCAAAGCUCUAACCCCAAGCCAGGGGACAGACUUCCACACAACACCGGUUAGAGUAAUAGAUCCAAGAGUUUCAAGGACAACAAAACACUGCACAGAGGUUUAUAAUACUCUGAGACUGGAUUUUAGAACACUGGAAAGGCUUUUGUCACGACUGCAAGAAAAACUGUAGAAAUACAGCGUUCUUUUAAAAAAGUAAUUUACCAGAAAUGUGUGUUUGCAAGUAUGUGAAUAGUGCAGCACCUUGCUGGAUGAUGUCACUCUGUAGUCCAGCAAAAGUUGAGUCAGACUAGACCUCUUGUCAAGAUGAGCCUGCAUUGUUUUUCUGCAGCCCUCUGUGUUGGCACCACGGCUGCAUGGUCAUUCAUUGAAUGAGGGUCUGCAUUUUUCUUCUCUGGGCUAAAGCCUGAUCAGCGAGUUUGGCCAGCUGUCUUGCAUUUGAGCUUUUUCACAAUUAACCACAUGGAUGCUGUUAAAUUAUCUUUAGUGAGCUCAUACAAAGCUGGAGCCAUGAGAUUAGCUUAACUUAGCAUGCAGACUGCAAAGAAGGGAGAUACAGCUGUGCAGAGAUUUAAAAAAAAAAACUGAAAACCUACCAGUGUAUCAGCAUUUUAGAAUUUAAGUAUUGCCUUUUUAAUCCAUACACAAACAGAAACGACAGACCAAGUUACGUGCUGAAACUACUUCUUAGAGGUGCUGGUAGAGUGAUUAUUUUUAAUCGUCAGACAUCUAAGGCUUGAUAAGAAAGUAAAUAAGUGCUUUUCCCAAGACUAUUCCUUUAUUGUUAGUGUUGUGACCCAGUCUUUAGUAAGACUGUGCUGUGAAAGAACUAAAACUACUUCACUGCAGAUCACACACGUUAAAAUCUCUUUAAAAAAAAAAAAAAAAAGAAAAAACUCCUACAUCUGACAAUCACUCAAUUUUGUUUGUUUGUUAAAUUCCAGAGAGAGAGCUCUUCAGAGCUGAUGUUGUGAUACAAAAUUGUCAUAGAAUAUGAAUGAGAGCUGGUGUCUCCACCUGGCUCUCUGUGUGUGCUGUGUCUCUGCUCUGAGAAUAUAUGAUGCAUAUAUAUGCAUAUAUAUAUGAUGAGAAAUCAAACAAAAGCUCAAACUCAGUUUCAGUGAAUGUACAAAGUUGGUCCCCAGUUGAUUAUUGGCAGCAAACCUCAUAAUGAGAUUUCCUUUAAUAUUAUCUACACAAGGCAUCCCUUGGGCCUUUGGCUGUGCAGCCACAGCCAACGUAUUUUCUACACUGUUUAUCUCAAACUUUAAAGGAAUAGUUUGACAUUUUGUGAAAUAAGAAUACUUGUUUUCUUGAACAGUUAGAUGAUUGAUUUCAGUCCCACUCCCGCUAGCAGCAUGCUGAAUAAGACUGGAGGCAGGGGGAAACAGCUAGCCUGGCUCAGCUCUAAAGCUCACUAACUAACAUCACAUAUCUUGUCUAUUUAAUCAGCACAAAAACCUAAAUGUAAAAAUGAUAAGUUGUGGUUUUUCGGGGUUAGGGUGCUGGAGCUAUUUUUACCUUUAGCAACACCACUCAGCCAUUUUGUUUGUGUUUGUGAUACAGCCUGUGUUCUUGGGUUCCAUGCUAUGGCAGUAGAGUUUUAGGGUGGUGUACUCAGUUAUAUGGUUGGUCCUUUUACCCUGAAGCUGCAUUUGACACAAACUCAGCUGAACUAUUGAAUUACUUGAAAAUGACUGAACUCAGUUUGGGUUACUUUCAUUUCGCAUAACACACAGAAAAUCUUGUUAAUUCAUCAGAUCUAAUAGGAAGGUCAUAUAAUGAUCAGACCCUUGUUUGUAGAUACUCACUGGCUCAGUUUGACACUGAUGUUGAUCUGAAUGAAGUGAGCUGUACUCAGUCUGUGCUCUGUGCUGUAUAUUUCUGCUAACUUUAAUACUGUGGUGUAGUCUAACUGUCACUCUGGUAGUGUGUAUUUCAAGUCCACUGUACUAGACGUAGUCACUGCAAAUAAAUCAGCUUUGUUUGUUUAACAGAUUACUCAGCGAAGCAUCUGUAGACAUGGAGUACUACAUGUUACAUGACACUGUAAAUCAGUAAGGAAUCUGGGUUGUGAUCAUAUUUAGAAUCAGGGUGCUUUCUUUGUGUGAAUGUGUGUACUAUGAGAGGACUUUGAUGAAGGUGACAUCAGUCAACAGUUGAUCAGUUAACUUGCUGAUCUUGUGCAGAGGUUUUCCUCUAUCUGUAACACGGGCAAAAUGAGGAGCCUGCAACUGUAAAAUGAAAACGUUUCUGACUGUCAGAGACUCAUGAGCCAGCUGUGGAUCGAGAAACACCCGGACACAACCUGCAAAAAUAUUCUGACACCAACUGAACUGUUUAAUUCUUUGGUGAAGAAAUAAGCAGCAUGAAUCAUGUUGUUUUUUGGUUGUUUUUUUGACAUAUUUUGCACUAUUGUUCACUUUAUGAAUUUUAAGCAGUUACUUGAAGUCGAGAUUGUAUGAGUACCCAAAGUUGUGUGUCCACUGAGUUCUGACCAGUUGUUCUCUUGGUCUGUAGAGUCACUCAAAUUUGACUUAGUGCUGAUGAUAAUGAAGGCAAAAAUGAAAUGCAGACGUUUCAUUGCCACUGUUUCUGUGAACGCUUCAGAGCAGCUGCCUUUCAUCCAUGAGAAGCGCUACUGAUCUAAGCUCCUUAUAUUUGUCCAUAUGUAUCUACAGUCCAGACAAACUCACUUAAAUAAUGGACAUUUCUGUCUUAAUGCUGUUGUUGAAUCACACACUGGUAGAGCAUGAGCGGUGUUUCUCCUACAUUGUCAAACUGUGUAAGUGUCAGACAUCAGUGACAAUGAUGACAAUCCCUGUCUGUGUUCGCUUUUCACUUCAGUGAUCUGAAGGAGCCACAAAUGCAGCGGCCACUGAGAUCCAUGAAAAGAUUGAAUGAAUGCCUUAGAGACACACAGUCAGUCCACUGUCACUCUCCCACAUUUCAUCCUCAGCAUCAGUCGUUAUCAUGUGUCGCCAUCCUCCGACUGAAUGAAACGCUCGGCUAAAGUGGGUUAGCUAAAGCUAAAAGCUAAAACACUAUUUCAUGUUUUACAAAAAGCCAUAUAAUCCUGUGAGGGAACAGGUGUAAGAAUGUGGGAGGCAGCAUCCUCUCAAUAUUAGUGAAUUGUGUCACAGAAUCUCUAAUGAUGAAAGGCAUGAGAAUGAUUCCUGUUGUAUAUCAGCAGUGUACUUUGAUUUGAGUCAGACAGACUCAGACUCUCCUUCUAAACACAGGCUGUUUUAUCAGAGGAAAAGAAAGGGUAGACUUAGUGAACUUGUAUGUUUAGGAGUUCAGGUUUGUUGUGGGUUUCAGGAAUCAUCUCAACCAUCUUAAUUUACCUCUAUGCACAAGUCUAUACUUAAGCUGCAUUAUGUUCUCGUGUGUGAAGUGUUUGACUUAUUUGAUCAAACCUCUUACUGUAAAGUAAUGUACUGAUUACUGAAAUUUGGGUUUGUUACUGUUUGUUAUUGUUUGUUAUUGUUUGUUAUUGUGCUAACCCUAAGUCCUGAAAAAUGUAUUUAUUCCUUUUUUUCCCCAUCUUGUGUGCACAAGAUCUGGAUCUCGGAUCUCUAACAGAUCUUGUACAUAUGAGUAAAUUUAGUAACUUUUUUGCACAACAUGGAACUUGUGUGCAUGAGAUCCAUAUCUUGAUUUAUAAAUAUGAAUUAAUAAGAUAGAUAUUGACCUUUUACACAUUAUCUGGUUUGUACAACUUUUUUUUGGCACAUAUUAUCUUGUCCUCACAAGUUAUUUUGUUGUUCAUAUCAGAUUCACAAACUGUCUUGUGCAUAAAAUUUACCAUUUAAUAUCUUUUGCACACGAGUUUUAAACGUGCAUUUGGUGAUCACCAGAUAAUAAUGAAUGUUGUGAAUCUCUGUGUAGCUUCUACACACAGGGUGAACUUGUUCAAAGUGGUCACAAGUUUUAACUCAUGAGCGCUAGUUAUCAGUUACAAGUAACACAGAAGUGAUGUAAUAUUGUUUGCUUACACAUCAUUAUCUUGUUCCUACAAGUUGUUUAACAUCUUUUGCACGAGGUGUUAUCUUGUUUGUGUAAGAUAAACAGUAUCUUGUGCACAGAAGUUAUCUUUUUCACAUAGAAAUAAAAUAACUCCUUUGCGCACAAGAUAACUUGUGCACACACAUAAUGGAUCUUGGACAUGCAAGUUACACACAGGUUAUCAGUAAAUAUCUUUUAUGCGAACCUCAAUUUCAUUAUUAUUUUGUGCUCCCAACAUAAUAACGGAUGUGCAUCUUGCAGUUCUUACAGAUUUUGGACUUUUGGGCUUGCUGUUAUUUAAUAUGUGAAUUAACUUUUUUUGUCCUUUACAUUUUACCGUUUAACUGGGUCACAUUCUAAUAUUAUGGUGUGCAGUCUGUUGGUUCUGGAUUCUAACUGGCCAUAAUUUUCUCUUCACAUUCAUCAGGGCGUGAUUGAUUGAUUGAUUGAUUAGUUUAAAGUUUUGAUUCGACUUUCCUCCAAUCAGUCUUUACCAUACAGCACUUUAUCAAGACUGCAGUGCCAAGGAGGCCAUUGUCUUCACACAGCUGUGUCCCACAGCUUCUCUGUGACUGUCCUGAAAGAAUGCCAUUGUACCUCUGCAGUGAUCCUCUCUUUUCUGUUUCUGUCCUAUAAUACACCUGAACUUCCUGCUGUAGUGUGAGGUUGUGUCAGUGUACAGUAUGUGGCAGUGACUGAUUGAUUAUAUACUACGUAUAUCCUUAGACACACAUGAUGCUGAAUGUUUGUUGGGGAAGACAGGAGGAGGUGUGGGGGGGUUGGGUGUUUGGCUUUUCUUUUUCUGUCUGUAUUUGGAUGUGUAAUGUCACUUUAUGCUUUACUCUCUGUCUGAAUGUCUGAGUAUGCGUUCCAUAGACAAUGUAAUAAUUAAUAUAUACAGAGGUUAUACCAAGUCUUUUAACAUCCUACCAUUAAGAACAUUCAAUGCCUUGUAUAGUAAUUCAGCUGACAUCAUUAAUAGCUACAGAUAAUGUAUUGUAAAUUAACUAUUUUAAUGGCAAUAGUAGUGUGUACAGUAAAAGACAUCAGUAGAUGACUUCUCCAUUCACACUCCCACCACACUGUAUAAAUAAAGACCAAAAGCCCCUAUAUUAAACAGCAUGGAGUAAACA